CAAGGAUUUGCCACGGUGGCGUCGUCGACACUGACGAUGCCAACGCCCCCUCUCGAAUCAUAGAGUCGAUAUCUGGUGCUUUAGGUAUUCGUUGUAUAGCGAUUUAUACCUUCGUCGGGUGUCGAAAUGACGAUAACACAGCGAAAGCCACUCCGACCCGACGACAUAAUUAAUGAGCCAGGAGACCAGUAUUCAUGUGAUUCCUGUGGAAUAGACCUCACACAUAGUGUACGCAUCAAGUGCGCGGACCCUGUCUGCGAACCCGGUGAUGGCGUCGACAUUUGUCCACCUUGUUUUUGUGCAGGAAGAGAAUUUCGGCAGCAUAAGCGGGGCCAUGCAUACCGUGUCAUCGAAAUAAAUUCGUAUCCUAUAUUUUCUGAGGACUGGGGUGCAGAUGAGGAACUGUUGUUGCUGAAGGGUAUAGCCACUCAAGGCUUCGGGAAUUGGAAAAAGAUAGCCGAACAUAUAGGCACACGGUCGAAAGAAGAGGUUGAGAGACAUUACAACGAAGUAUACAUUGACUCUCAGACAUGGCCAAUACCUAAAAUGGAUUUGCAGUUUGAUGUUGAUCCGGCAGAAUUCCAGGCGCGCAAACGACGGCGAAUACAAGCAUUAAACGACACGGCACCGCCUCCUCUUAAGCAUGGACCUGUAUCCUUACCCGGCAUCCAUGAAAUCCAAGGUUUCUUUCCCGGACGUUUGGAGUUUGAACAUGAAAUAGACAAUGAGGCUGAGGACCUGGUCAAAGAUCUAGAGUUUGGUGUUUGUCUGGAAUGGGAUGGUGACCAGAUCAUUGAGGAUGAGGAAGACCAGGAUGUUCGUGCGAGGGCAAAAUGGGAGGAGGAGCGGCGGAAUCCUCCAUCCAUUGGGCGAAUACCAGGUAAAGGGCCCCCUAUACCGAUGAUGAUAAACGGCAUAAACGGAUACCAUCCGCCAUCUGAGAAUGGGAGUGUAACGAGGGAAAGUGUUCCGCCAAAAUCUGACGAUGUCCAGGCUAAUGGCACGAGCUCUGGUGAUGGUGACGAAGAGGUGGAAGAGGUCACACAACCACCGCCGAUAGAAACGAAGGAAUCCCUUGACUUUAAGCUCUCAUUGCUUGAGAUGUAUAGCCAGCGCGUGGAUAAGAGACUAGAGGGUAAGGAGGUUAUGUUUGAUCGUGGACUGCUGGAUUACAAAAAGAUGCAAGCAUCAGAUAAAAAACGCUCACGAGAGGAUAGAGAUAUUGUUCAUCGCCUACGGCCCUUUGCAAAAUUACAAACGGCUGCUGACUAUGAAGUUUUUUCUGCCGAUAUUCUAUAUGAAGCUCUUCUUCGUCAAAGAAUACAGGAAUUGCAGCAGUACAGACGGUUAGGUCUGGUAACUGCGGCUGAUAUCGACAAAUACAAGUCCGAUCUUCAGAAGCGAGCCCUCGCCAAAGUCAAUCAUCGCGAUUACCCAAGCGACAAACACCAGUAUCGGACGGCGGGACGCCAGUCCUCAGGUCCCGAUUCUCGUCGUGCCAGUCUUCCGUCCUUUGGUGGUGACUCUGAAGGACGAAAGAGUAACGAACGAGAGGCUACCCCGCGUCUCCCCGGCUCAUCCUCCGGCUCAGGCCCCACCGGCCGUCGAAUACCUGCUCCUCUCAACCUUGCAAACAGUCCGUCGCUACAUCUGCUCUCACCUGCAGAACAAGUGUUAUGCGCCCAGCUCCGCAUCCUUCCCAAGCCCUACCUGGUCGUGAAAGAGACCCUUGUACGGGAAUAUGCUCGGCGAGGUGGCAAGCUCCGUCGGCGCGAAGCUCGUGAGCUUGUCAAGAUCGAUGUGAACAAGACUAGUCGAGUAUGGGAUUUCCUCGUGCAGCAGGGAUUUCUCAACAUUGCUUCUGAUGUUUCUUCUGCCCACGCUUCAUCGUCACAAGACAUCAGCGCUGCUAACGGAUCGCAGGUAAAUCGUUCACCUGUUAAAGAUUCGCGACCAGGUUCUAGUCAGCAAAACGGCUCUGCCCCGGUACCGUCGACAUCGGGUUCAUGACACGAUGUCUAGUUUUCUGUAUCUUUAUUAGGAUCCCCCUGUAUUUUAUUGUAUCAUUCGCAGCUAUUAUCACAAGAGAGCGAUGUAAGCGUAUAACCCGAAAAGACCU